AUGAGCAGCUUCUGCUACUGCCUGGGAGGGAGCUAUGGCCCCUCCAACAGCAUCCCUGAACCCUCCUCUUCUAAAGGAGGGCCCUCCUGGACCCGGGAGCGGACCCUGGUGGCCGUGAAGCCAGAUGGGGUGCAGCGGCGGCUUGUUGGGGAUGUGAUCCGGCGUUUUGAGAGGAGGGGCUUCAAGCUGGUGGGGAUGAAGAUGAUUCAGGCGCCAGAGAGCAUCCUUGCUGAGCACUACCACGACCUUCAGAGGAAGCCCUUCUACCCAGCCCUCAUCAGCUACAUGAGCUCUGGCCCCGUGGUGGCCAUGGUCUGGGAAGGCCCCAAUGUGGUCUGUACCUCAAGGGCCAUGAUAGGGCACACGGACUCAGCUGAGGCUGCCCCCGGCACCAUUCGAGGCGACUUCAGCUUCCACAUCAGCAGGAACAUCAUCCACGCCAGCGACUCCGUGGAGGGGGCCCAGCGGGAGAUCCAGCUGUGGUUCCAGAGCAAUGAGCUGGUUGACUGGGCAGACGAAGGCCACCGGAGCAGCCUCUACACAGCCUGAACCUCAGGCUGCCCUAGGCUGCCCUCAGCAUCCACCCAGGACCAACUACCUCUGUCCACAAGAACUUGAUCCCACACUGUGCUCUGCCCAUCUGUCCCAGACCACUUCCCUGUUCACUGUCGGCUUCAGCCCAGAGCAGUUGAGCCAACGUUAUGUGCCUUUUGGUAUCUUAAACCAGCAAGAGAUUGGACCAAAUCCUUUCCAUACCAAAAUGCCAGACCACCUUUGGGGGGGUCUCCAAAAGUGGUUUAACCUCCCCUCCCCCACAGGGGAGACAUUAAAAUUCCUUGUGCUGUGCA